AUAUACUCCACAUAAACAUAACAUGAUUUAUCCCCCAUUAGAGCUGUGCAUCAUCUCCAUUGCUAACCAUGCUGCUGCUCCUCCUGCAAAUCCAUACUGUAUACAUGCUUGCUGUGGCAGCAAACAGCUCCCUGUCCGCGCCUCUGGUUCCAUGCCUCCAAGACCAGGCAUCAGCGCUCCUUGAGCUGAAGCACUCCUUCAACACAACUGAUGGCGAUUCCACCACCUUCCAGUCAUGGAUCGCUGGCACAGACUGCUGCAGCUGGGAUGGUGUCCGCUGCGGCAGGACAGAUGGUCGCGUAACCUCCCUCGACUUGGGUGGCCGUCAGCUGCAAGCCAGUGGCCUCGAACCAGCGCUGUUCAGACUAACCUCACUCAAUCAUCUUGACCUCUCCAGCAACGACUUCAACAUGUCCGAGUUCCCAGCCACCGGUUUCGAGCUGCUCACCGAGCUCAGCUACCUCGACCUCUCUGAUACAAAUUUUGCCGGUUCCGUGCCUGAUGGAAUCAGUCACCUUAAGAACCUGGUUUACCUUGACCUCUCCACAAGCUUUUAUGUUGAUGAUUUCGACAAUGAAAAUAGUGUCACUUACUACACCUCAGAUUACAGAUGGCAGCUAUGGGCGCCAAACUUGGAGACUUUACUUGCAGACCUCACAAACCUGGAGGAGCUCCAUUUGGGUAUGGUGAAUCUUUCCGGCGAUGGUGCACGGUGGUGCGAGGAUGUGGCCAGGUUCAGUCCUAAGCUUCAGGUCCUCAGUUUACCUUACUGCUUAUUGUCAGGUUCCAUAUGUAGAUCACUCUUGGCCUUGAGGUCUCUUAGAGUGAUUGAGCUUCAUUCCAAUCACCUGUCUGGAGGAGUGCCUGAUUUCAUGGCUAGCUUUCCCAACCUUACUGUUCUUCAGCUAUCAGAAAACAAAUUUGAUGGAUGGUUUCCUCCCAUCAUCUUCCAACACAAGAAGUUGAAAACAAUUGACUUGUCUAAGAAUCUUGGGAUCUCAGGUAAUCUGCCUACUUUCUCACAGGACAGCAAUCUGGAGUAUCUCUCUGUCAAUACAACAAACUUCUCAGGAAUCAUACCGAGUUCCAUAGUCAAUCUGAGGUCUCUUAAAAGGUUGGGCCUUGGUGCAAGUGGCUUUUCUGGAAUACUGCCCUCUUCUAUAGGUGAGCUCAAAUCAUUGGUUAUGCUAGAAGUGUCUGGGUUACAGUUAGUAGGACCCAUACCAUCAUGGAUCUCAAACCUGACGUCCCUCACUGUUCUCCAGUUGUUUAACUGUGGAUUGUAUGGAACUAUACCUUCUUCAGUAGGAAAAUUGAGGGAAUUAACAAAGUUAGGAUUGUACAGUUGCAACUUCUCGGGGCAGAUACCUCCACAGAUCUUUAAUUUGACUCAGUUGCAAACCCUCCUGCUCCACUCAAACAGUUUUAUUGGCACAGUGCAACUAACUUCAUUAUCACGCAUGCAAAAUCUGUCUGUCCUUAAUCUCUCAAACAAUGAACUAGUUGUGGCCGAUGGAGAAAACAGUUCAUUGCUGACGUCCUUAUCCAAAAUAGAGUUCUUACGAUUAGCAUCUUGCAGAAUAUCUAGCUUCCCCAGAAUCUUGAGGCACCUCGAUCAGAUCACAAGUCUCGAUCUGUCAGAUAACCAAAUCCAGGGGGCAAUACCUCGAUGGGCAUGGGAGACAUGGAAAGGUUUGCACAUGUUCCUUUUGAACAUGUCACAUAAUAAGUUUACAAGUCUUGGCUCUGACCCGUUGCUUCCUCUUCAUAUAGAAUACUUUGAUCUCAGUUUCAACAAUUUCGAAGGACCUUUACCUAUACCACAGAAUGGCAGUGUCACGCUCGAUUACUCAAGCAAUAACUUCUCAUCCAUGCUUCUUGAUUACUCUACUUAUCUCACUGAUACCGCCUUUUUCAAGGCCUCCAGAAACAGCCUCUCUGGAAAUAUUCCACAAUGGAUUUGUGGCACAGAUAGCAGUCGACAACUCAUUGAUCUCUCUUACAACAACUUAAGUGGUUCAGUCCCAUCUUGUUUAAUGGAGAAUAUCACUGUAUUGCAAGUACUAAAUCUGAGAUCAAACAAACUUGUUGGAGAAAUACCUGAUAACAUUAAUAAAGGUUGUGCACUUGAGGCAUUAGAUUUGAGUGGCAAUCUGAUUGACGGGAAACUACCGAGAUCUCUUGUUGCUUGCAGGAAUUUGGAGGUUCUUGACAUUGGAAGCAAUCAGAUUAGUGACUCCUUCCCAUGUUGGAUGAGUUCACUUCCUAAACUUCAAGUCCUUGUCCUCAAGUAUAACAAGUUCACUGGACAGGUGCUGGAUCCUUCAGACAAUAAAGAACACAUAACAAAAUGUGAAUUUACAGGACUUCGAAUUGCUGAUAUGGCCUCAAACAACUUCAGUGGCACAUUGCCAGUAGGCUGGUUUAAGAUGCUCAAGUCUAUGAUGACAAGGUCUGAUAAAGAUACACUAGUCAUGGAAAAUCAAUAUUACCAUGGGAACACAUACCAGUUUACUGCUGCAAUAACAUACAAAGGGUAUGACAUAACCAUCUCCAAGAUUUUGAGAACCCUUGUGCUGAUUGAUAUAUCAAAUAAUGCAUUCAAUGGAAUCAUCCCUGAGGAAAUUGGAGAGCUUGUGCUACUUCACGGGCUCAACAUGUCACAUAAUGCCCUGGAAGGACCGAUUCCAGCUAAAUUUGGCAACUUGAAGCAACUUGAGUCAUUGGACCUCUCCUCGAAUGGGCUUUCUGGAGGAAUUCCCCAGGAGCUAGCAUCAUUGAACUUCCUUUCAACACUGAAUUUGUCCUACAAUAAAUUAGCUGGAAGAAUACCAAACUCGUAUCAGUUCUCAACAUUUUCAAAUAGUUCUUUUCUGGGGAAUAAUGAUUUGUGUGGACCCCCACUGUCCAAACAAUGCCCCAAUCAAACAGAAACGAGCUUGCCAUAUGCUUCAGAGAAAAAUUCUGUAGAUGUUCUUCUAUUCUUCUUCAGUGCACUGGGAUUUGCUAUCAGCUUUUCAGUUACACUCACACUGACAUGGAUAUGCCACAGCUCCAAGCAAUCUUGAGUUUUGAUAGAUCUCUUAUAUGGAGUCAUAUACGCAUUUAUCCAAUACUUUGUAUGCGAAGAUCAUUUCUGCAAUCUUGAACAUGCUCUUGUUUUAUUACGGUUAAGGUUAGUGGAGGAAAAAAGUAAGUUUCUGGUGUAACAAUAUGAUUUUUAUGUUUUACAACCAUAUAAUAAAUUUGCUCUUUCUAUGA